GACGGUGACUUUUAUUCUGAAACUGUUCACCGGAAGUCUCUCUAUGUGAUUUCCUCGCUCUUCACAGUCAGAGCGGUUAAAGCUGAGCUGUCCGUCAGACCCUCAGAUUGUUCCUGUCGACGACUUUACCAGAGUGUGGAGUCUAAAGAGGGGAUCUGUACACACCGAGCAGAGGAGAAACUCCUUAAAAGUGUUCGUCAGAUUUCAGAGUGGUCGGGUUUUCACUUUUAAACGUCGAAUAAAAGUUUCAUCUGUGUGAAAUCGACGCCAUGGACCCCGCCAGCCAAGGUAACUGUUAGCCUAGCAGGCUAGUUAGCUCGGGUUUAGCUAAGCUCGACGCUAAAGCUGCUCAGACCGCCUACAGUUGUUAUACCGUAUUAUUUUGACUAGAUAAUGUUAAUUCACUCUGUUAGUCACCUUAUUAGCUCCAUUUUGAAUAGUUUCGAGUUAACAAUUAGUAGUAAUUGUUGAGUUUAGCGGACAGGACGGGCCCGCUGCUAAAUGUCAGAAAGAGGAGGAUCGUGUUUCUAAUGUCAUUAAAUUGUCAUUAAAGCAGAGAUUAUUAUAGAUUUAGUUUAAUCAAAAACCUCUGGAAUUAAUUCAGUUCAAUAAAGGACAUAUUUAAGUGAAACCUCCUAUAAAGAGCAUCACUUUGUUAGAACUAAAGGUCUGAUGUGAGCUGAAACAGUUUGUUUUGGUCGCUGCCUUCACCUGUUUUCACCUGAAUAUUUAAGUCUGUUUAAUGUGAUCAGUUUAGGAUGACUCAGAUCUGCUGACUAACUCUGUACUGUUGACAGCCUUGAUGCCAGCUUGUUGUUGUUUAUCAUCCUCUCCAGUGACAGGUCUGCAGACUCUCAUCGAUCAUAUCUGAGAGUUAACAGAAGGAGACACUGACAAACAGACACCAGAGCUUCUGUUUAUCUUUAGACAACAAUACUGUGACCUCAUUUUAAAUUUCUAUUCGUAUUCUUACUUGAAAACAAUAAUAGGCAUUUCAUUCAGAUGGUAAAUCAGAGAGUAAACCUGCAAGAAGUGAGUUAAAUCAACUUAUUACGUCCAGUGAUCAAAGUUCUCCAAGAACUGUCUCUCACUGUUGUUGUGUCUGGAUCCUCCUGGUCAAAUAUUCUUCCAAGUAGGGCUGGGCGAUAAGGGAAAAAGUUCAUCACUAUAUAUUUUUUAUAUCAGUUGAUAUCGAGUUAUAUCACGAUAUAAAAAUAAAAUCUAACAGUGUUUAUUGGUCUCAUGUCUUUUCCAACACAAUAAUCUCCUGCAUCUGUGAGGUCUUUGUGUCUCUUUGACGUUUUGUCGUAAGGCGUUGCUCUAGAGAAAGCCGACUGAAUGGUUGGCUGUUUUGGCUGCACAGGUGCUACGGGCUCCUCGCUCCUCUCGGGGUUUGUAACCACCUGAAGCAGUCGUUUUGGUGCCAGUGUUGUCGUUGACGAUGUGGUCAUCUGUUGAGCCUUCAUGGUCAUUUCUGUCGGGGGUAGCACUCAUUUUCUUCGCUGUCGGCUUCACCUGUUAAAGUGCUAUGGAUGUGUGAAGCUGCUGUCUGCUACGACGCAGUUGUUUGAGACUUGGUUCUAAUCCAGCACAUGAUUGGUUCAGACCCGGAAGAAACUCCCCUUUUCACUGGCUAUUGGUAUAGUCGACCAAAACAUGUCAGGAUGCCGACAAUCAAAAAGGAAAUUGGCCAUAUUUUAUAUCAGGGGUGGGACAGAGGGCCACGUGAGAAACCUAAACUGUGUUGGAGGGCCAAACCAACAAUAACUUCAACUUCAAAUCAGGGGGGUUCACACAUGCAGAAAAGCGAACCCAAACAAUCAACUACGAGUUAAAAACAAGACCAAAUUUUUGCAGAUGUUUAAACUUGUCUCUGUUCACAAACACAGAUCUAGGAUGAGUUAAGUUAGUAAUGCGUGUUCAUUUAAAAGUCUCUAAGCCUCUAAAACUACUUCUUUAUAAUGAUAUCCAAAUAGUGUUUAAGUUUUACAAUAAGAGUUAGAACCUCAAACAUGGGGUUGAGAUAAGACCACAGGAGCUCAGGUGGAAAAUCAUCACCCUUCUCUGCUGCAGUCGUCAGUCAAUGAACUUCUGUUUGCUCCACCGUAGAUCUUAUGGUCUUACGGAUCAGAUCAGUUGACUUCAGAGCAGAAUUCGGAGUAUCAUGAUUCAGUUUUUUUCUUAUUGCAUGUCAGUCAGUAUGGAGUCCUGAUCUGUUAAUUGUAUUUGCCUCGAUAACAGGGAUUCACUCUGAUGAUCUUCACUGUUUACAGAAUUAACUGAAGCAAACUGAGUGUCUUAAACUCACUCCACACGGAGGAAUCAAUCCAGAGAUGACGCUGCACAAAUGUCUGAGCUCCAUGUUUCUGUCUUAUAACGAACAGACGUUAGAUCAUAUAAUACAGACACAAAAACCUACAGUCUCCACCAGGAAGGAGUCUGAAGAGAUGGAUCAAAUCCCAGCCUCCGUCUUUGUCAUCUUUUCGGCCUUUUGCGCUCUCUCAGGGAUAUUUGUCCUUCUUUUAAAGUCCAGAGUCUGUCGCUUUGGUGCAGCAGGGAUCAAACACAGCUGUCCUGCUCUCACCUUCCAAAACAAUCAUAUUUCACACUGUUGACAUCGUAGCCAUCUAAGGUUUUCUAACGCUCAGUUACUCACGUGGACGUGUUGUUCCUCUAGGUUUACUGUGUGGCCCUGACAGAUGUGUCGUGUUGAAUCAGGUCCCUCAUGACUCAGGACGAGCUCUUUAAGGACUUGUUAAGGGUUCCCUACAUUUGUCCGACUCUUCAAGUCAAACAAACGGCGGUGAAGUAGGACACGUCUGUCUGAAUCAAAUCCUGCUGCUUCUGUUUCCUGAUUUCUGCUCAAUCUGAGGACAUUUCGAACACCUGACUUUACUGUCAGUAUAAAAACUGUUCUUUAAGGAGUUAGACUUAUUAGAUGUGAUAAUAGUGUUUUCUUAUGAAAUGUCGGUUAAACAAAGUCAAGACAAAAGCAGUGUGUGAUCUGAAAACACCGACAAUAGAGAAGGGAAACCAGAAUCUGUACAUGUGUGUGUGUGUCAGCAGGAAUCGGACCAGGAUGCACUGCAGCAGCUGCAGGGUUUGAAGGCGUAGGUGUGGCCGGACUCGUGAACAUGCCUCAGUGUUUACCGACCAGUUCGACUACUACUGGUUAGGAAAAAAAGAUUUUGAUCGAAAGCAACAAAAUGAUGGGAUACCGCCGCAAGAACUCAACAGACGACAUAAAAAUCAUAACAAACAGAUAAAACCCAGGACCCCGAACUCUUCUUUAGUCCCCUCCCUGUUCUGGUUUGAGUCUCGCUGUCUCGUAUUGACCUCGCUGAUGUUAUUUCUGUGAGCCGCUCUGAAUCACUCUCGACUGAGUCAAUACACCUCCAGGGUGGAGUCGUCUUAUCUGCGGCCGGCCUGUAUGCGGAUGUUGUUGCUGCUGCUCUUGAUCUCGGUGCUUUUUUCAUGUGUGUGGGAGUGAAAGUGGAGCCGUCUGAUGUCGUUUUUCCCUUUGACACCUGAAUUAGUGAUUAUUUAGUCAUUCUGUCUUCCUGUUUGUGCAAAAUUCCCCUGUUCAGGAAAACAACAGGACAGGACCUGCAGAUAAUGCUCGUCUGGCUGUUUUGAAAACUUGUUUGUCUGUAAACCAGCUGUUGCAUGCAGGUCUUAUUCUUGGCAUCAAUCACCUGAAGCUUUCGAGUGUGGCGCAAACCUCCGCUGCAGAAGUAGGCGUGUUUGUAAGCAGUGUAAGGUAGAAGUUAAGCUUUCCAAAUAAACUCACCCUCUGAAGAAUCUGAUCUGUUUGAGUGUCGGCCUGUUGCAGCAAAAAUCCUAUUCUUACCCGCAGUUUCAGGCUCCAGCUCUUCUUUUUUUUCUCUCCUCCGUCUGUGCCAAGCUCCUUAAGCUGCCAAAUAUCUGCUUGUGUCCUCAGGUGGCUGAUACAAGAUGUUCUCAGAGGGUUUGAAUGCUGACAGAGGCUCAUUUCAGCGUCCAACGUGGUAUUUUAGUGUCUUCAGCCAGAACUGAAACAAUAUGCUCAUCCCCAGAUCUGAUACCGUCGUGCUGCUUUGGUUCUAGUUUUAUUUCUGAAGGGACAAUUUAAGUUUGAUGAUGAUAUUGUUUUUUAAAUGAUCCGUUUUUAAUCAGUGGAUUUCAUCAGCUGAUCAUGAUUGAUCCCUUUUUCAUUUAAACUCGAUUGUUUUGCAUCUUAAAGGUGGUGUAGUCAGGAUCUGAGGAAGUUCCAGUUUUUAGGAGAAAACACAAACAGGCGCGGUCACUUCACGGACGCAUUCAUUGUUGUAAUGUGAACGACCGCACAAAAAGAUCAUAUUUAACGAAAAAAUCCGAAUUGUGGAUCAUAACCUGCAGCCUUAGUUUCAUCCCCAGGUCUGAGGUGUUUCCUGAUCGUCUGCACCGGUCUGCUUUAUCUGCUCUGUGGUGUCAGAGUCCGGGUUUAGUCCAGUUCUGAGAGAGAUUGUGAUGCUUUAAUUCAACAACACUUCUCUUUUCUCUUCUUUAAACGAUUUCUGGAUCAUUUAAAGUUUGUGUAGGUAGAGUUAAAGUCUGUUUUUUCCUGUAUUUUCAUAUUUCUUCCUGUCUUCAUCUUGUCCAUGCUCCUGUUUACUUCAGAGAAGCUUUAAAAUCACAGUCUGAGUGUUUUGCUCCACUAAUUACCACUCUCUCUCUCUCCUCCUGCUGGAAACACGAGCCUCCUCCUGGCUCCGGUUCGUGUGUCAGGGUGAAACGGAUACGGAGGGAGGGCCGGUCUGAGGGAACCACUCUGAGCUUUUAGCGAUGUUUACUCUCCUCUGACCUCGUCCAUUAACGUCUUUUCUUUCUGCUUCAGAUAUCAACCUGAACUCUCCUAACAAGGGCCUCGGUGUGGAUCAGUCCGACAGCCUGUCCGACGUGCCUGUGGAGGGAGCGGUGGGGAACUCGGCCAACCCUCUCCCGCCGGGUCUGACAGAGGAAGAGGCUGAAGAGCUCCGCAUCGAGCUCUCGAAGGUGAGACCCAGAACCACCAGAGUGAAGCGAAUCACUGACUCAGAAAUCAGAGCUCCUUUAAGCUUUAGUUCUCCAUGUUUGACGUAACAGGUUUCUCUGCAGCCUGAGGCGACUCUGUUUGGUCAAAUAACGAGAAGAGAGCUGUGAUUUAGUGUUUACACAGAACUGAACUAAAUCAGAUUUUCAGAGAGCCACUGAUCAGCUCCUCAAAUGUCAGAAAACCAGAAAUAAUCCCGCCUGAAGACGUCAAAUUUUAGAUUCUAGUUUGUUUUAUCUGCAGGUUAAAGUGAAAUAAUUGACGGCGAAUUGUCGUAACUCUAUCAGACUCCAAAAGAACAAUUUCAGAUAAUCUAAAACUUGUGUUGUGUCUUGUGCGUUGGAUCUUUGUUAACGCGUCUGUUGUGAUCCAGGUGGAGGAGGAGAUCAACACCCUACGUCAGGUGCUUUCAGCCAAAGAGAGACACGCCACAGAGCUGAAGAGGAAACUCGGCCUCAGCCCGCUCAACGAACUCAAGCAGAACCUCACCAAGAGCUGGCAAGACGUACAGACCUCCAACGCGUACGUAUUGAUCUGACCGCAAAUUUUAUUGAUCUGUAAAGUCAAACUCCACCGUCUUUGGCCAAAUCAGCAGAGUUCACACAAAGUCUUAAGAGUUCAGAUGUUGAAUUUCAAAAAUCCUUAAGAUGUCGUUUUUUUUUUUUUUUGUCGGAUGUUUCAUCUAAUGAGUUGCAGAACAUGAAUAAUUAAAGAUGAGGGAGGAGUGGGCGUUCGCCUGAUGGAAACCCAGUAUCCUGUAAUGGGUUUGAAAACGCUGAAAACAAUAAAGAGUGAACCGUAAAAGUGGGUCGUGGUUAGGUCACGUCGGGACUCCAUCCUCCUCUGCUUUCUCUGCUCAGCUCUCCUCCUCAGCAGCUUUUCUGAAACAUUUUCAAACCUAACCUCGUCUCUUAUUUUGGCGCUUUAUCAGCUGGAAAAUACUGAAUUUAGAUCCUCAGUUAAGAGAGUGGAGCUUAGACCGGGCUUUAACCUCCGUGUUUCCUCCCUGUCCUGUUUUCUGACCCACGUUGACAUCUUCACCCUCCAUGUAGCUUCAAACUCCACCUCGUUUUUUUACAUCAUUGGAGUCAGAUUUUGCUUAUUUGAUGGUUUUGCUGUGGUAUUUAGACUCCAUUAUAAAGAUGAUAUAACAUCGAGAGUGUGCAGGGGGAGCUGAGAUGACGUGACGCGGUCCCUCGUGCAGAUUCAGAAACAAUGGUUUCUCGCUCCUCUUUGUUAUAUGAUCGGACGUUUUUAAAGAACUAUUGUUUCACUUUUUGGGAAGAAUAAUGAAGAAGCGUCCGAGCAGGAACGCCUCGUGGAGGAACAAAGGUAGGCGGUUUAUCUCAGCAGACGUUAAUCUUUUCUUCUACGAGAACCUUUGAAAGCACCUUUCCUCUUUUCCCCUCUCUGAGUCGGGACACUGUGAAGAUGAAUCAGCACUUCCCGAAGACAUUGUCUGAUAGUAACAGCAUUAUCAGAAAGAGCCAGUCACAGCAUGACUCACCCUGUGGUCACACAGUAACGUCUGUGGAGCAUUUACCGAAGACGGAGGCGGUUCACCUGAACGCAGACGGAGGAGAGAGAGAGAGUGCUGCGUCGUCAGAUAUUAUUCUGAUGUUUUUAAAGGAGCUGUAGUAAAGUUGUCAGACAGUUUAAAAACGAAUGUUAAAGUGGGACUUCUGCAGAAAUGUUACGUACUGAGUUCUGCUAAAGUAGCACAGAGUCUUUCUGUGAACCUCUGCAGCUUUAACACCCUGGUGUCUCUGUCUCUAGCUAUGUGAGAACCUCUGAGAAACUGGGCGCCUGGAACGAGAAAGUGACGGGUUCAGAUCUGUGAGUCUGUUUGCUGCUCGUUCAGCAGAGAUGAUGAUGAUGUCUGAGUUUCUGCCGUGUUUGCUCUCUCACGCUCCGGUUCUCACUCACUGUCGACGCUCCUCGCCUCUCACCUUCUAACCAUGUUUGAGAACGCCGGCGUUGCUGUUUAACUUUGCGUGUGCUUGGAGAACGAACCCCCAUCUCUGCAGGGACGUCUGCUCAACGUUUGGAAAUGUGUAGAGCUCGUAGUUUACUGUGCUGCACGCUUGAUUGUUGAGAUGAGAUGCUGUAACGUGUGUUUUUAAAUCAUCAUGUUCAGACGUUCAGAGCAGGAUGUGUGAAAAUAUUGGAUUUCUGCAGGUCUUUGUCUUUCAUGGAAGUAUCAUCAGCCGGUUUUGACUUCCUCUCCCUGAGGUCAGGUGUCGUCUCUUCCUCCGUCCAGAACUGAUGACACACGCCCUUCCUACUUCCUCCUCAGAUCAUCAUUUCUUCUUUAUUUUAAACCUCCUCACAUGUUUCCUCUCCGCUUUUUAAAACCAUUGACCGCUCUGAAACACUGACGCUGUUGUUGCUGCGUUUUCACUUCUCUCACAGAUUAGAUAGUCGGGAGGAUCCCUCAAAUACAAAACAAGAAGUCAAGAGGAUGUAGAAAUAUGAUCAGAUAGAAGUUUCUCUCAUAUUUGAUGGUGAUGAGUGAUCUCAGUGAUGCUGCAGAACCUUCUCUCUCCGUUUCUCAGUGUCGGAGCGCCGCAGCCAUAUUUCCUGUAACUGACCUGAAUGUUUUCUUGUUUUUUUGUUCUACCACGGUUCAUAUUUACCGUGUCCUUCUCCUGUCAGACUCACUGCAGACAUGCCGAAGAUAAAUUCAGGUUCUGCAGUUUAAAGUUUAGUAGUAUUAAUGCAUACCUGUCUGACAGCGACAAAGGAAACACAAUUUUUCCUCAUCCUUGUCCAGCUGUCAGAGUUAAAUAUUUCUCUGAUUAUUUCGUAAUGUUGUUGGAAGAAUCCAGACUCUGCAGUCGGCGAGAAAACCACCGAGUUUCGCCCGUCUCCGCCGUCCUGCUGCUGGAAUUUUCCAUGUCGGCUCCUGAAGUGAACAGGAUUGGCGAGCUCGGUUUGCUGACACAGUUCUUGACUUUUACACACACCUUCGCAAACAGGCAGGUGCUCCGGUUUGAUCUGUUUGUUCUACUUUGAGGAGCAGAAACAUAGAUGUUCGUUUCUUAUCCGGCUGGGAUAAAUGUGGAUAGUUUGAGUUUUUGCUUAGAGAGGCAGGAACACGAGCAGACAGGCGUGUUAUUCUUGGUUUGGGCCUACAUACCCACACACACACACACACACACACACACACACACACACACACACACACACACACACAAUGCCAGCUACAGUACAGGAAAAGGGGCCUGUUGUGUGUGUGACAGAUAUGCAUGUGCCCUGGUCGUGCCUGGCGACCAGACGGACAGCUCAGACCCGCUGCUGCAGAAACAAAGUGAGAGGAAAGAGAGGAAUGUGAGAGAGAGAGAGAUGGAGGGGAGGGGGUUGGGGGGGUGUUUUGCUAAGUCACAUGACCAGAAAGAGAGGCGGAGAGGGUGCGAGGUGCACACAGAGCAAUCCAAGCACACAAAGAAGUAAAUGGGUUAUGAAUUAUGAAAACAGCGGAGGCUCAGAGAGUCGAGGCUUGUUGCCAUGAAAACCAGAGUCAGUAAAAAUCUGAAGGAGCCGUCGUCGUCGUCGUUCCCUCCGUCUGAUGACAAACAUUCAGGUAGAGAGAAAACUCGACAUGUGAGGUGGACAGAAGCUCUGAUUCUGUGUGAGUCUGCUUCAAGCGACGGACAGUAAAGUGGUGAACGGACAGACAGACGGACAGACAGGACUGUGUAUGAAGUCAGCGUGCUGCACAGUCAGCAGCAUUGUGCCGACGCUGAAAAGAGCGUACAGGCCGGCCUUGUUUGGAGCAGAGAUUUCUCCUCUUACUGUAACUCUGUAGGGAAGUCACGAUGUUUGAACCUCGACGACACACUGGACCAAAUCACAAAAUACGAACAGACUUUUUAAAGUCCUGGUCGACGAUCUGAGAAGCAGUCUCACACAAACCUGUCCCCAGAGCAAGAAGCCGACCGGCAGAAGAUCCUACGCUAACUUCAAAUAGGAUUCACCAUGUCGGAUUGUUAGUGACUAGCGGCAGUAAACGCCAGCUCUGCUAGCGAGCGCCGUCUGCAGCUGCCUGGACAACUAAUGUGUUGACAUGUCAGAGACUAAUCAGAGUUAUUUAUGUAACAUGAGCCACGAUAAAAGGAGAUAAAAAUGACCUGAGGGCGGAGCUUUCUGCACCGCUCCAAGGAUGACCUGAUGUUUAUUCACGUUAGAUUCCUCGCUUGGUCACAUUUCGACUCCGCCUUUUCUUCUGUCAGCUUGCGUUUCCCACUUUUGGCGGUGGGGCGAGCAGAAGUGUUUUCUUCUCCAUCACAGCUCCUGUAGCUAAGCCGCUACGCUCCGAGGAGGGCCGGGAGAGUGGGAGGGGAUGAGUCGGAACUACGGGAGAGGGGUGAUUGACCAAUGGGAGCUGUCCGGGACGGAUGGCUCCCAUUGGUCAAUGUUUUUGCAGCCCUACAGCUGAUAGGGUGAACGGAUCUUUUCCGUUCUUUUUUCUCUUCACUUUGUGGAGAUCGCUCUAUUGGACCAUGAUCGCCAUAGAAACGAGGUUCAUAAUAAUUACCAAUCUCUCCAAUCGUCGACCAUGACUUUAACAGAAUUGAGAAUCAUCAGGUGUGUUUGUCCUGAAGAGGAGACGACCUGCAGAUCACUCAGUUCUGGUUUUGGAUCCUGAUCUGAAAACAAGCAGAGCACUUAGAGCUGACAUCAGCGAGACACCGUCUUACAUCAAUGUUUGCUUCAGUAUUUCAAUAACAGUCAGGUGGUUUGUGUUACGCUCAGUAAACCUUCUUCAAACAUUCAGGAACGAUAGAGACAAAUAAAGAUCUUCUCAUCUUGAGCUUGUUGUGCAUCUUUCUCUGUGUGUGUCUACUUUUGCAUCUGGGUGUUUAAGCUUGCAAAAUAACAAGUAACUCCUUUUGGCGAAGCAUCCACUCUGGAUGAAAAAUCUGCACCAUGUGAUCUUCCUCUGCAGAAAUGUCAGUUAUAAAGCUGUUAUCAGGGAUUUUGGCGGCAUUAUUCCAAUCAUUAACUCACUUUUUCCUCUUGUUGACACUUUUUUUUCCUCGUGUUCAAAAGCUGAAGGCCUUUCAUGUCGGAGUUCAUUUCCUCCAAACUAAAAUACAUCAACAGCACAAUAACAAAACAAACAAAGGGUUAAAUGUCGAGUGGAAACAGAGACAGAUUUACAGUCUUACCCUGAGCGCCGGCGCCGCUCUCCCUGUGCUGCUCAGAAGCGGUGGAGUCGGUCCGACUCUCAUCUGAUUUGAGGUUUUCUGUGAAAUUCUGUUGUGUACUGUGAGUGUGUGUGUGUCUCUUCCCCUGUAUCAUUAUCCUCCUGCUGUUGUGUCUUUAGAUAUCUGUCUGCCUCGGCCACUUUGGAUGACAUUGCCCACUCUGAAGUGUGAGUUGACCCCUUUCUCUUUUGUGUUCUUGUUUUUAGAGAUAAGGUUUCUUUCCGUUGGUUUUUCUCUCUCUCUCUGUUUGUCGAUUAUUCAUGUUUGCUGUUGUGAUGGUGAGGGUGGGGCGUUACUUCUGUAUCUGUAUCUUUUGUGGCUGAUAACAGGGAGGAAACUCUUUAUCUGCUACAAGUUCAACACGAUUUUACUCAUUAUUGUUCAACGAUUCUGGAGGUUUACUCACUCGUUUGGUCUGUGUGUCGUUAAUCGACCUCGCCGUGUCACAUUUACCCCACUACUGGGAACUGGUGUGUGUGUGUGUGUGUGUGUGUGUGUGUGUGUGUGUGUGUGUGUUGCCCAGCCGAUCAUGGCGUUGGCUCCGAUCAAAACGAUGUGUGUGCAUUUUAACAGCCAGCAGGGGUGUGUUUGUUUUCUGCGCUCAUAGGGCUGGGCGAUAAACCGAAAAUUUACCGAUACUGAAAUUUACGACGAUAACCAACGUCAUUUUUCCCGUAUUAGUGUAAAAAAAAUAAAUAAAUAAAUCAAAAUUGUUUUUGGAUGUGUGUAGGUAGGCUAUGGUCUCAUGUCUCUUUAAGACGUUGUCCUACGUCAGAGACGUGACUCCAAGACAGGUGAGGAGAUGGAGGACGGUUCAAAAGUUGUAGCGGCUGAAGUAGACGAAGUUAAUGUGGGAGGGGGUGAGCAGCUUGUGGAGUAGUUAUUAUCCAUUUAUCGUUAUCAAGGUGAACUGAUCAAUAUAUCGUGAUAUUGAUUUGAGGCCAUAUCGCCCAGCCCUAGAGUCAGCUGAUUAGGAUAGGGAUGAAACAUCUAAGGGGACAUACCUGAAGGGGCGCACAUGUCUUCUGUGUUACACAUCACGUCGUCACACUUACUUGGAGAACGUCAUCCCAUCCUGACUGUUGACCUCCCUCAGAGUUAUGAAAAGCUCCGCCCCUCUUGUGUUGGUGGUUUUUAAUGUUAUGUCGGGGUAACACGGAUUUGUUAUUGAAAAUGAGUCAACGGUAUAAAAAGGUCGUUUUAGCGAGUUGAAGUGAUGAGGAGUGAGGCAUCGUUCAUUUUUUACUAUCUUUGCUGAGCGGCGAAGGAAACAUGACGACCAGGAGAGAAGCAGGAAAAUAAAAUAAGACUAAACAUGGGAAAUAAAAAACUGAGGAGUGGGACGUCUGACAUCCUCACUGUCUCUGCUGCUGUGAGAGGAAAAAACAACGUCCCGGAGGUCAUUGUGCAGUCGAUGACGAGGACACGGUCGUAUAAGUCCUCUCUGGUUGGUUGGACACCGUGCAGGAGCUGCAUUCGUCAGCAGAGCUGUCAAUCAUGGUGUUGUUCUGGUUUUAUUGGUGGUUGACUGACUUGAGCAGAUCAGCUGAUGGUCGUCUGUCUCUACAUUUAUCAGCUCCUGUUAAAGUUUAGUUUUGAUAAUGUGCCUCUAAACAUCCUCUAUAACUGUGAUUGUUUUUAUUUUCAUUGGUCGUUUUUUUUCCCAUCAUGCAGUGCUGAGAUGAACAACCAUAAAAACACAGAAUCACAGCUGUCAGUCACACUAACGGGUCCCUCCUCCUCUGUGUUUCCUCUCCUCUGUGAAAAACAUGACUUUAUUCCUCCUCUUGUUUAUGAAGCUGUUUAUUUGUUGAUAUUUUCUAAAGUUUAUUAAAAAAGCAGAUAAAGUGAUAAAAUGCUGAGGCUAACGUUUGGCUGUUGUGGCUGUAAAACUAACAGAAUGAUGGAGGUGAAUAACGGAGCACUCACUUCAGUUCUUGUGUUUUUGUUUGCAGUGAUCUAAUGUCCCUCUUUCUUCCUCCCUCACUCCCACCCGUCUAUCUCGUUUCCCCUCAUUCUCUCCUCAUCCGUUCUCUUUGUUUCUCCCUCUUCCCUACAUCAAUCCUCAUCCCCUCCUUUUUUCUCCCAAACUGUAAAUUUCUCUCUCUUUCUUUUCCAAUCUCCACUCCAACCAUCUGUCCGUCCCUCUUUUGUUGUCCUCUCUCUCCUCUCCCCCUUCUCCUCCUCCCUGCAGAUACAAGAAGACUCAGGAGACUCUUUCCCAGGCGGGACAGAAGACCACCGCAGCUAUCUCCACAGUGGGCACGGCCAUCACCAGGAGACUGGGCGACAUGAGGUACGAGGCAGCCGCGCCAAAGCGGGCGGCGCUCUGACAGGGCUGCAAAAACGAACGAGUAGAGCGGACAGAGUUAUGAUUAAGACCCCCAAACUUAAGAAAUAUUAUACUGCAGGUACAUGUGAUUCCUGAGGGACUGGGUUUAGUCCACUUUGGUCCAAUCUGGAUCUAGUUAUUGAGAAAUCUGGAUAAACCUCAAACUUUCCACCUCCUGGACGUUUCCAUGUACCAGCAGAGGAGGAAAGACGGCACAGCCCAACAGAGGAGACGUAGAGGAAGAGUUUUAUCAUCCGUUAGAGAGGGUCAGAUGUUGAACAGCAGAGCAGUAAAUGCAGCUGCGUCUCUAAAUCUGAUAAUCUCUGGUGUUAAUCGUCGGCUCGCUCUGACUCUGUCCACUUCUCCUCCUUGGUUUUUUCUUGCAGUCCUGAUUUAGUCUGACUGUGUAGAUCUCCACGUCUUUUCUUUACGUUAGCAGUAGAACUAACUCUGAACGUUUGUUCGUGUAUUAAGCAGCUUUAUCGUUCAAAAUCAGAAGGGAUGGUUCAACACAAGAUGUUUGUUGUAGAUUCUUCCGGCGUUAGAGACACGAGGAUGUUUUUCUCUGAUUCAACAGUUAUGAAGUUUAAAAUGUACAAACUCUAAACUCAGUCACAUCCUGAGCCUGUCGAUGAUGAGGACUUAAUUGACAUUAAGUAAAGAUGUCUGCUGCACAACAAGCACAAAAACAAGCUACAAUCCUUUUUCAUGUCGAUGUGGUUUAGACGAGGGGAAGUUCUCCUCCAGACAAAAACAAAAGAUCUCCUCUUCAGCUGAGGAGCAGCAGUUUUAAAAGAGUUGGACCAUCCCUGAAGUGUAGAGCGCUGUUUCUCACAAACAGACCGAGAACACGGCUGAGUUUGACGAUAAAGCGAUAAUCAAUCAAGAGUGAUAAAGACGGAGAAGAAGUCACCGCACCGGAAAAACGAAACGACUCACUGACUCCUUCACGUCUGAACGAAUCAUCUCAUCUGUCCACGUCUUGUUGACUCACACAACCGUCCGUAAUGAACUUAAUGUCUCCACCCACACUGAUGUUUGCUCCUCGUGUGUGUGUGUGUGCGUGUGUGCGUGUGUGUGUGUGUGUGUGUGUGUGUGUGUGUGUGUGUAUAAAGGUGUGAGGAAGUGAUAACGUGGCUGAUGAAUGUGCGUCUUUCAGCUCAUUAGCUUCUCAUCCUCCCGCUGAGUGUCUCCUCCGUCUCCUUCCCUGCAUGUUGCUCGUCUCUCCUCCCUCUCUCCUCAUCGCUUCGUUUCUCUCUCUCUCUCUCUCUCAGUGUCGCAGUUUUCAGUCCAGGUCGUGUUUAAAGAAACGAACGACCUUCGUUUUAAACCCGAUCAUGAAGCUGCUCACUGCAGACACUCGGGAGCGUCAGAGCUCCUCUCCUCGCUCGCUCCGUCUCCCCUGUGUGUGUUCUCUGUUGUGUUGACGGUUUUGUGUUGUUUCCUAACGAUGCUGCUGCUUCUUUACCGCUGCUUACCCUCUCUCUCUCUCUCUCUCUCUCCCUCUCUCUCUCUCUCUCUCUCUCCUCCCUGUUUUCUUAAUGGCUGCCUUGGUUUGACCUGCAGAGCUCUUCCUUUCUCUAAUUCCUUUAGGUAAGACUAACAUUCCUGUCAGAGCAGUUUAAAGACAGAAUCAUGUUUAGCUCUCUGCUUUUUUUACCCCCUUUAAUCGUUUGAUUUUAGUAUUUUGAGUUUUCAGACUCUGCGUCUGUCAUUGUUUUUUUGCACGUAGAUGCAUGCAGACUGUAACUAAAACGACAUUCCCCAACAUGUUGCUGGUUUUUAAAAUGUUGGCGUUGCUCCCUGAAGGUUAAACUUCAUUUUGAGGUCGUUUUUAGAGAAAUGAGAGUUUAAUUCUGCACAAAUCUCUGACAUGCAUCAAAUUAAAUCAGUUGAAAUAGACAAAAAUGAACUUUUACUCAUUCAUGAUCUCUUAUGAGGCGCAUAAACGUCUCAGUUAUUCAGUUUAAGGUGUUUAAGUGCAUGUUAAUAAUAAUAAGAACAUUAAUUGUAUUGUUUGUUUUUGUGUGUGCGUGCGUGUGUGACCGCUCGCUCGCUCGCCUUGUAACACUUGCACUUCUGUCUCCUCUCUUUAACGCUUUCAAAGUAGCAACUAUUCCAUUCGCCACUCGAUAAGUAUGCCCGCCAUGAGGUAAAGUAACACACCAACAAACCCGCUCUGCUUCUCUCUGACUCUCACUUUAACUCUCCUGCUCAUGUCUUCUCUCUGAUGUUUGUUCUUAUUUAUGGUCUGAUCUCUGAACGAUGUUUAAAGAAAGUUUAACUCGAUAUUUAGAGGACUUCCAACACGGAAAAGAUCUUUAAUGAAGUUUCUGGAAAAGUUUUCAAAGUAGCUGAAACUCCUUGAAGAUAUUUAGACACAGAUAACCAGAAACAACUUACAUCUAUCUUCUAUUUGUGUUUCAUGUUGAAUAUAUUGACCUGACUUUUGUUCUUUAUAGUUUUAAGAUUUGAGAAACUUUUUCCCCGUCCUAAAAAGUUGAACUUUUUAUCUUUUGCACAAAAGUUAAAUGUCUUAUAUGAAGAAAGAAGUGAUGAUCUUCUGCACACAAUCCAGUUAUUGUCUAGUUUUGAUCUUGUUUGUUCGGUACAUUGAUAUCAUUUUUCUAAAAACACGACAAUGCAUCUCAAGGGUUUCAUCCUGAGACAACAUGAUUUUAUCUUGUGUGCACAAAGAUCAAAACUUAAUCUUAGCAAGAUCAUUGUAAUGUUUCCACAAGACAGGAAGAUAACUUAUCGGCGCAAGAUGAUUUAUAAUCAAACCGUGUGCAGGAGGUUAUUUUCUUUUUAACUCAGUGUUACGGUGUGUUUGACCCUAACUUAAUUUUACGCCGGAAUAUCCCUUUAAUAGUGCAUGGUAGAAUGUAAAAUGUAUAGAUUUUGAUAUUUUCAGAAUUGCUGUGUGAAGUCGAGUUUUUCUUUCCCUGAAGUUUCUUUCCAUCAUGUCUUUUAAGUUUGAUUAAAGUUUAAUUAUUUCUGUCGGCGUCUGGACGUAGCAGCAGCUCGUUUUCUCUUGAGUCACCACGCUCUUACUGCACGAGGAAUAAACGUGAUUUUUGUGAUCGUAACUCCGGAUCUCUUCUCUGCAGGAACUCGGCAACCUUCAAGUCAUUUGAGGAUAAAGUGGGAAACCUGAAGGUGAGCAGGAUGUAAACGUGAACUCAGAGAGACUCCACGGGGAAGACAGAGGGAGAGGAGUCAGAGGAUAAUGAAUGGAAAUCAAUAACUCUCCCCUCUCUCUCUCUCUCUCUCUCUCUCUCUCUCUCUCUCUCUCUCUCUCCCAGUAUAAGGUCGUCGGGCCCAAAGGAAACGGGGAGGCCGUCAGCUCCCCCACUGACACCACCCCCACUCAGGAGAACCCGCCUUUCUGAACACAACCCUCCUCUUCCUCCUCCUCCUCCUUCGCUGCCACCUUCCUCACGACCUGAGACUGUACUGUUACCACGCCACAUUGCAGAGUCAGCCUUUGACCUUUGAUCCUCCACCUCACCCACUCGCCAUCACCCGCUCCUCCCCCCUAUAAGGUCUACAAACACCGAUAAGCGGAGUUAAAGGACUGGUGGGUUUUAGUCGGGACGAGCUGCUGGUCUCUCUGCCUCCUUCGACGUUUUUGUUGAUGUCUAAAUAAUUUACAGACCUUGCGUUGUUACGUCACCUCCUCGUUGUUUGAUCCUCACCCCUCCUCUUUCUGAAAAACUCCCUCACCGUCAUGUUCUCCUCCGUACUGUUUCAGCAGAAAGGGAUAAAACGGCAUUAUACAGGAAGACGUCUGCUUCUUUAACUUUGGGAAAAACCUCCGAACGAAUUUGCGUUUUGGAGCACUUCAGCGCCCAAACUUUGGAGCGCUAGUUAAACGUCCGUCUCUCCUCGUCUAUCCUGUACAUUAACCACCUGCUCGCGUCGUCGCCACAGUGUCCUCAAAAUCUUCCUAAUCUUGUUCUUUAUUUCGGUGGAAACAGGCGAUACCUGAGGGAGGGAGGAGGGGCGAGGAUCAGGAUCAGGAUCAGGACACCCCUCUUAGACCUACUACUGCUACAUGCAUGUGCAUAUCUCAUCUCAGUUGUACAAACCGAAAAAAAAAAGACGCAAAGACGACCUCGGUCUCGUGUAACACCCCCCGGGAUGUAAAAACAAAAAACCAUUUUGUAUUAAGAACUAUUUUACACUGCUUUGCAUAAUGUUUUUACAUAACUUUUAUCAAUAUGUAUAAAUAUAUAUGAGUAAAUCUAUCGUCACUGAUGCUGCCGGAUGGUGGUGAUCAGGUUUGGGGGGUUAGGGAAGAGCAGGAGGAAGGAUGAAAACAAACUUCGAGAAACACUAUGGGUCAGUUUCACAGGCAGCAGGAGCUUUAAGAGAACGUCUUCAAUCUAACAAACAAACAUCUCCAAAUUAGUGAAGCUGAUUCAUUUAACGAGCUGCAGUCGCUUUGUGCACAAGACGAAUCAAACCGAGAUGAGAGGGAACAUAACUGACCUGGUUCGUCUCCGGUUUGACUCCCGUUCCCUUUUUCGACGACGCUUUGCCGCGUACACUACCUGGUGAAUGUCUACGCUUCUCUGUCGGCCUUACUCACUUUAAACGUUUCACUCAUUUGUUAUGAUUUAGCUGGUGGGAAAGAAAUAGUUUUAUUUUCCCCUUAAUGUUUCUUCUUUUUUUGUUUAUUUUUUUUUAGUUGUACAGACUGGUUUAAUUGAAGGAUUAGUGUCGUGUCGUAGGAAACCAAUGAACCCCUUAAUGCACACACAAAUGCACUCCUCGUAACACAAACUAAACGAUAGCACACACACACACACACACGCGCUGCAUGAGGCCAAACUCACACUGUUUGAACAAACUCGCUGAUCGUGAUCCGAAUGUGAAAAGAUCGAAAUCUCCAAGACUCCAAGUCGUGCACUUGCCUCUCGUGCGUGAAAAGAAGGUCGUGUAACUGAAGUUUUUCGUGCUGAAAUCGCCGAUACAAGAGCAACAUUUUAGUGCGACUAAAAAUGCAGGAAGUCUCAUUUUAAUUUGCCAAACUGUCGGCCAAUCCUGAGUCUCAAUGUUGCUUCUAAAAACGCCAAAUUCUUAGCUGUAAUUUCGCCGAUAUAAAAGUUGCUCAUGUAUCUCAACUUCAGCUCAAUGCAUUAAACGCUGAAUUUGUGUAUUUUCUAAUAUUUUUGCCAAAACUCUCCAAUAAAGAGCCUUAUAGUGAAUGAAAAUCUGAGAUAAUGAAUAUAAUUUAGGGCUACGAUGAACAAACGUGACAGAAAAUACAUCAAACUGCUGCAGGUGUAUCAUAGUGAGUGUGUCUCUUGUUUUCUUCUCCUUUUUGGUAGUUUAAGAUGAAUUGUUGCAUUUUUCUUCUGCUUUCUGUCUGUCUAAGAGAAGAUUUGUUCGUAUGUGUACAAAUAAUUUGCCAUCUGUUGAGGAAGAAGCUGCCAAUAUUUAAAUAUCUGUUACAAAAAUCUCUCUUUUUGCCUCCGAGUCUCAGAGAGGAUCUGACUUUCUGCUUUGCCAAGAUGUAAACAACAAAAAUAAUGUAAAUCUUAACUCAUUUAGCUGAAAUUUAUUUGUAAAAAUCUUGUUUUUCUUGCACAAAGUGGAUCAACUCUUGAUUGUGAUGUUUAGUGAGGCCGUGUUCUCACUCUGUGCAAGUAAAACUCAACAUAAAGACUGAUUAAAUAGAUUAUUUUAGCCUGUUUAAGGCUGAGAUCAGUUUGGGGUUUAUGGACAGAUGGGAAACGAUGAUGUUCUUUUGUUUUUGGGUGCCAAUGGGAAGUGCAGCACAUGCUGAGCCUGCUCAGAGCCGGGCUGGAGGACAGUCAGUACUUUUAGCUUUAUUUAGGUCCUGGGCCGAGCUGAUGUAGAAAUCAAAAGGGAUCAGAUUUGAAAGAUCAUGGUGGAUGAAUUAAAAACACUUAUUUUGGUUUUGUUGUAUAUGUUUGGAUAUCAAUAAAGCAUUCCUUUAAAUGAGA